GUGCUUGCCCGGGCCGGACUGCCAGUGCUAGCUGUGCUGCCGCCCCUCUGCCAGUGCGGCCCCCAUCCCCAGUGUGUCCCACCUGCCUGGGCGCCCAGAGAGCCAGGAUGGGGAAAGCGGACCAAUACGAGAUGUAUUCGGUGGAGAUGGAGAAGCAGGGCAAUGGUGCCAUGGACGUGAAGAUCAAGAAGAAGAAGACGAACAAGGCAGCGAAGAAGAAGGAGAAGCUGGAGAGCAUGAAGAAAGAGAUGGACGUGGACGAUCAUCAGCUCUCAGUGGAAGACCUGGAGCUGAAGUACCAAACCAACGUGAACAAGGGCAUGAACAGCACAGUGGCAGGAGAGAUCCUGCUCCGGGAUGGCCCCAACGAGCUCAAACCCCCCAAGGGGACCCCUGAAUAUGUCAAAUUCGCCCGCCAGCUGGCCGGGGGGCUGCAGUGCCUGAUGUGGGUGGCCGCUGCCAUCUGCCUCAUAGCCUUCGGCAUCCAGUGCGGCCAAGGAGACCUGACCAGCGCGGAUAACCUGUACCUGGCUAUCGCCCUCAUCGCCGUGGUGGUCGUGACCGGCUGCUUUGGCUACUACCAGGAGUUCAAGAGCACCAACAUCAUCGCCAGCUUCAAGAAUCUUGUGCCACAGCAAGCCACAGUGAUUCGGGACGGGGACAAAUUCCAGAUCAACGCCAACCAGCUGGUGGUGGGUGACCUGGUGGAGAUCAAGGGAGGGGACAGGGUCCCGGCCGACAUCCGGAUCAUCACGGCACAGGGCUGCAAGGUGGAUAACUCGUCUCUGACAGGGGAGUCCGAGCCCCAGACCAGAGCCCCCGAGUGCACCCACGAGAGUCCCCUGGAGACCCGGAACAUCGCCUUCUUCUCCACCAUGUGCCUGGAAGGCACCGCCACUGGCAUCAUCGUUAACACCGGAGACCGCACCAUCAUUGGGCGCAUCGCCACCCUGGCCUCGGGUGUGGAGAACGAGAAGACGCCCAUCGCCAUCGAGAUCGAGCACUUUGUGGAUAUCAUCGCCGGCCUGGCCAUCUUCUUCGGGGGCACCUUCUUUGUCGUCGCCAUGGUGAUCGGCUACCCCUUCCUCAAGGCCAUGGUCUUCUUCAUGGCCAUUGUGGUGGCCUAUGUGCCCGAGGGGCUGUUGGCCACUGUCACGGUCUGUCUCUCACUCACAGCCAAGCGUCUGGCUCGAAAGAACUGCGUGGUGAAGAAUCUAGAGGCGGUGGAAACUCUGGGCUCCACCUCUGUCAUCUGCUCUGACAAAACGGGUACACUGACCCAGAACCGCAUGACUGUCUCCCAUCUCUGGUUCGACAACCAGAUUCACACGGCUGACACCACAGAGGACCAGUCAGGGCAGAGCUUCGAUCAGUCAUCGGAGACAUGGCGAGCGCUGUGCAAGAUCGUGUCUCUCUGCAAUCGAGCCUUUUUCAAAUCAGGCCAGGACAACAUGCCGGUGCCCAAGAGGAUCGUGAUUGGAGAUGCCUCAGAGACGGCGCUGUUGAAGUUCUCCGAGAUCACGCUGGGGAAUGUCAUGGAGUACCGGGAGCGCUACAAGAAAGCCUGUGAAAUCCCCUUCAACUCCACCAACAAAUUCCAGCUAUCCAUCCAUGAGCUGGAGGACCCGCGGGACCCCCGGUACCUGCUGGUGAUGAAGGGGGCCCCGGAGCGGAUCCUGGAGCGUUGCUCCACCAUCAUGAUCAAGGGGCAGGAACUGCCCCUGGACGAGCAGUGGAAGGAGGCGUUCCAGACGGCGUACAUGGACCUGGGGGGCCUGGGGGAGCGUGUGCUGGGGUUCUGCCACCUGUACCUGGACCCAGGGCAGUUCCCACGCGGCUUCUCCUUCAACACGGAGGACAUGAACUUCCCCACCAGCGGGCUCUGCUUCGCCGGCCUCAUCUCCAUGAUUGACCCGCCCCGUGCCACCGUGCCCGACGCCGUCAUGAAGUGCCGCACGGCCGGCAUCCGGGUUAUCAUGGUGACUGGAGACCACCCCAUCACGGCCAAGGCGAUUGCGGCCAGCGUGGGCAUCAUCUCGGAGGGCAGCGAGACGGUGGAGGACAUCGCCGCCAGAAUGCGCAUUCCCGUGGAGCAGGUCAACAAGCGGGAGGCCCGGGCCUGCGUGGUGAACGGGGGGCAGCUGAAGGACAUGGAGACCGAGGAGCUGGUUGAGAUCCUGAAGAUGCACCCCGAGAUGGUCUUCGCCCGGACUUCCCCCCAGCAGAAACUGAUCAUCGUGGAGAGCUGCCAGAAACUGGGUGCCAUUGUGGCCGUGACAGGCGACGGGGUGAACGAUUCCCCGGCUCUGAAGAAGGCUGAUAUCGGGGUGGCCAUGGGCAUCGCCGGCUCUGAUGCGGCCAAGAAUGCGGCCGACAUGAUUCUGCUGGACGACAAUUUUGCCUCCAUCGUUACUGGCGUGGAGCAAGGCCGCUUGAUUUUUGACAACCUGAAGAAAUCCAUUGCAUACACCCUGACCAAGAACAUCCCGGAGCUGACCCCGUAUCUGAUCUACAUCACGGUCAGCGUCCCCCUGCCCCUGGGCUGCAUCACCAUCCUCUUCAUCGAGCUGUGCACUGACAUUUUCCCCUCGGUGUCCCUGGCCUACGAGAAAGCCGAAAGCGACAUCAUGCACCUGAAGCCCCGAAACCCCCGACGCGACCGGCUGGUGAACGAAGCCCUGGCGGUGUACUCCUACUUCCAGAUCGGGGCCAUCCAGUCCUUCGCUGGCUUCACGGACUAUUUCACGGCCAUGGCCCAGGAGGGCUGGUUCCCCCUGCUCUGCGUGGGGCUGCGGGCCCAGUGGGAGAACGACCACCUCCAGGACCUGCAGGACAGCUACGGGCAGGAGUGGACAUUUGGGCAGCGCCUGUACCAGGAAUACACCUGCUACACCGUCUUCUUCAUCAGCAUCGAGAUGUGUCAGAUCUCGGACGUCCUCAUCCGCAAGACUCGCCGUCUCUCCGUCUUCCAGCAGGGCUUCUUCAGGAAUAAAAUCCUGGUGAUCGCCAUCGUGUUCCAGCUCUGCCUGGGUUGCUUCCUAUGCUACUGCCCCGGCAUGCCCAACAUCUUCAACUUCAUGCCCAUACGAUUCCAGUGGUGGCUGGUGCCAUUGCCUUACGGCAUCCUCAUCUUCGUCUAUGAUGAAAUCCGAAAGCUGGGAGUCCGCAGGCACCCUGGAAGCUGGUGGGACAAAGAACUUUACUACUAAAGGCAAAGCUCUGCCCCACGGCUGCCACUGCCCCUCGGCCUCCUGCAGCAUCUCAGGCAUUACACUCACCCCUUCAGUGCAGCCAAAGAGAUACAGACGCCCACGCCGUGCUCCCAGUCCCUGCUUCCCCAGUCUGGAAACUACUGGAGAAUACAAAGCCUCAGCCAGCCCCCCCAGGCCAGGGGCACCAGCCAUGGAGAGAACAAGACUGGCCUGCUCGCUUCUGUUCAUAGCUAGUCCUUGCUGGCUCUUUUUGCGUAUGUGGCAGCAGGAUGCCUGGGUUCUACCCCUGGCUCUGGGAGGGGAGUGGGGUCUAGUGGUUAGAGCAGGGAGCUAGGAGUCAGGACUCCUGGGUUCUACCCCUGGCUCUGGGAGGGGAGUGGGGUCUAGUGGUUAGAGCAGGGCGGCUGGGAGCCAGGACUCCUGGGUUCUAUCCCCAGCUCUAGGAGGGAAGCGGGGUCUAGUGGUUAGAGCAGGGAGCUAGGAGUCAGGACUCCUGGGUUCUACCCCUGGCUCUGGGAGGGGAGUGGGGUCUAGUGGUUAGAGCAGGGCGGCUGGGAGCCAGGACUCCUGGGUUCUAUCCCCAGCUCUGGGAGGGAAGUGGGGUUGAAGGGCUAGAGUGGGGGUGGGAGGCAGGACUCCUGGGUUCUCUCCUUGGCUGCGGGAAGGGAGUGGGGUCUAGUGGUUAGAGCAGGGGGGGGGCUAGGAGGCAAGACUCCUGGGUUCUAUCCAUAUCACUGUUUCCCAUUGGUCAGGCACUGCUCACCCCUCCCCUUGCUGGGGUGGGGGAGCGUUAGCAGACGGCCGGUUCCCACGGCAGGCGUGACUAGGUAGCCAUGGCUUUCAGCCGGCCCAUCUCUGCAGCGCUAGGACACAGGGGCCGAACAGACAUCAACCAAUCGGCUUCAAUUCCCAGCUCACCCCGACCUGGGACACCUCCCUUGUUUGCAUCCCACGGAGCCAGGGAAAAUAGUCCAUGAGGGGCUGACAGACGGGCACCCUGCCUCCCUGUGUUCCCGGGGGAGCUGGCCCAGUGGGGUUCCAUUGUCCCCCUACAUAGGAUGGCAGCUUGGAGGACAAGCAAGAGGAGGUUGGGGGACUGAGCUGGACUGCAGGCCUCCCCCCACCACUCUGAGCAUCUGCCCAUCUAGCUUGGUAUCCCGUCCACAGCACCUGCUGUCCUAGAUUGGGCCCAUCCACCCCGGUAUCCCGUCACCAGUACCUAUCACCUAUCUAGCCUGGGAUCCUGCUCCCUUCUUGCUCCCCCACAUCAGACCCAUGGGCCCAUCUACCCCAGUAUCCCGCCUCCACCCUGACUCAGACCCCUUGGCCCCCACUCCCCCUCACUGAUCUGUGCUGGAUUCCUUGGGGGAAGGAGCACAGCUCCCACGAUGCACCUGGCUACCCCACAGCAGGGGCCUUGAUUCCAGCCUGACCCACAGGUGGGGCUCACCCCUCCCAAAAACUAGGGCCCCCUGUCCACCCAGCUAUUACCAGCAGGGACCCCACACCACACCACUCCAGAGACCCCAGCCCCGGUAAUCAGCGACCACAGGGGCAGGUCCGACUGCUCCACAGGGAUAAAAAUCAACGGUUUAUUUUUAAUAAUUAACUAAUAAUAUCCAAUGGUUAAUUUAAUUUAAAUGGGAUUUUUUUGACUGACGUCAAAUCCAGUUUUCCUUUAAAAAAACAAACCGAUUUGAGAGCCCGACCGCCUCCAAUCACUGCCACUCAAAUAGCAGCCCACGUUUGCUGCCCACGUUUUACAGAAAGUGAAGCCACUGAGCGGCUGGCACCAGAGUUCGCUAAAGGGCCAACUCCACUUUCAACAGCAGCUGCAGCGAGAAAAGGAUGUUUAGUUCCAGCUGUAUUCAGCGACUCCAAAGUGAAGUUAGGAAAGCGACCCACAGCUGAGCGAGCAGAAAAGCUUGUUUUCCUCUUCAAAUGUACGAACAAAACACUAAGCACAAAAUCUACUAGUGCUAAAAUCUUGAAGGAUUUGGUGACCAAAACCAAUUACUUCAACCCACUAACUCCAGAUAACCUUUCCGUGUCUGAUCAAUUAGUUUUAAACGCAAACUCUGUUUUGAUAAACGUACUUGUCCUUCUUAUGGCUCCAGCAUAUUGAAAAUUGUUUUAUUUAACUAAUAAAAACCAUUUUAAAAUGUU